AUGUGGGCCACUGGGCCCGAUCACUCCAUUUGCCGAAUUUGGCCCGCUGCCGGCGUCGGCGCCCGGCCUCCCCCAGGCCCCAGCCGCCGUCGCGUCGCUCCCCCACCCUCCGCGCGGCGGCGCCCGGCAUCCUCCAGCCGUCGCGCGGCGGCGCCCGACCUCCCCAAGCCGCCGACGCGCCGCGCGCCGCUGCGGCGCCGCCCGGACUCCCCCACCGGCCGCAUCGAGCCGUCCGGCGCCGCCGCGCGGCCUGAGCCGACAGCUGUCGCUCGUGCACCCUCCGGCCGCCGCGGCACCAGCGCUCGGCCUCCCCCAGCUGCCGUCGACCCCCACCCUCUGGCCUCUGCACGCCGUCGGCGCCCCACGGUCUGCGCGCCGUCGCCCACCAGUCCACCACCAGGAGAUUCAUCAAGUAAAUCUUAUGUGAACUCAACAUUUACUACCACCACCAGGAGCAGGAGGACGGAGCGCGGGCUCCAUGAAGCUGGCGGCGGGACGAUCUCCAAGGACACACAGGCGAUGCCGUUCACGCUGUUGAUUGUGUUCCCAUUCGGUGCCAUGGAGGCGGAGUCAGUGGGCGCUGUGUUACCCGUGCACAUGGACGAGCGGCUGGAGAUGGUGCUUGUGGAGGGGUAGGCGACGUAAGUCCGCUUCUACACGAGCGUGUGCGGCAAGACGACGACGGAGCAGUCGGAGGUGGAGAUGGGGAGCUACAAUCUGCAGGAGGAGCUGCUCAACGAGAACUUUUCCGUGUUGGGACUGAGGGAACUGGCAGAGACCUUGCCCGAUCCAUGUCGACGGUGAACGGUGUCGCCUGCGCGUCCUUGAGCGGCGUGUCCAGCUUCACAGAACCUCGUCAGCUGCACGCCAUCGUCGCCUGCCUGUCGUGGCCGCGGCACGUGCUCCGUGUCUCAUACCUGGCUUGGCCGUCGCACGCUGUCGUCGCCCUCCUAUCUUGACCACUGGACGUGCUUCGCUCCUCUUGUUCGCCUCAGCUACCGCACGCCAUCGCCGCUGCCGCCUCGGCCACCGCACGCCGUCGCCAUUGCUGCCUCGGUCGCCACUUCCCCCGCGGUUCUGUCGCAACCCACACCCCACUCACUGGAAGCCCGCGCCGGCCGCCGGCCGCGCGCAACCCAGCUCGAGAGAGAGGAGGGGAGAGAGAGAGGAGAGCCAUAUAGAAAUGAAAGAAGAAAAAAAAGAGAGAACCCUAACACGUGGGACUUAUCAUAUGUCACGUUAGCAAAACAGGUCAAAAAUUGAGUCAAUAUUGCCGAAGGACCUUCUAUAAACGGUUGAAGCCCUGUUUAGUUAGGGAAAAGAAAAUUUUUGGGUGUCAUGUUGGACGUUUGAUCGGACCUCGAAAGAGGUUUUUGGAUA